CAGGCGCGGAAGGGAGUGCACGGUGUGGAUCGCUGCCCCAGCCCGGGCCGCCGCCUCCGAGCAGUCGGCGCCGGGAGGCAGGAGGCAGGAUGCAGGCGUGCGGAGGCGGCGCGGCCGGCCGCCGGGCCUUCGAUAGCAUCUGUCCCAACAGAAUGCUGGCACUGCCGGGCCGGGCGCUGCUCUGCAAGCCGGGGAAGCCGGAGAGGAAGUUCGCUCCUCCGCGGAAGUUCUUCCCCGGAUGCACAGGCGGGAUCCCGGUGUCGGUGUACGAGGAUCCUCCGGAGGCCCAGCCCACCGCGCUGCCAGCCCUCACCACCAUAGACCUGCAGGACCUCGCUGACUGCUCUUCGCUACUCGGGUCCGACGCGCCGCCUGGUGGUGACCUGGCCGCCUCGCAGAACCAUUCCCUCCAAACGGAAGUGGACUUCGAUCUGCAGGAUUUCAGAGACACGGUGGAUGAUCUCAUUGCAGACUCAUCCUCUAUGAUGUCGCCUACCCUGGCCAGCAGAGACUUCCCCUUCUCUCCUUGCGACAUGUCGCCAUUCGGGCCCUGCCUCUCCCCGCCACUGGACCCACGGGCUCUUCAGUCACCACCGCUGCGCCCUCCAGACGUGCCCCCGCCUGAGCAGUACUGGAAGGAGGUGGCGGACCAGAACCAGAGAGCGCUGGGAGACGCGCUGGUUGAAAAUAAUCAACUGCACGUGACGCUGACCCAGAAACAGGAGGAGAUCGCCUCGCUCAAGGAGCGGAACGUGCAGCUGAAGGAACUUGCCAGCCGAACCCGGCACCUGGCCUCGGUGCUGGAUAAGCUGAUGAUCACACAGUCCAGGGAUUGUGGGGCGGCGGCCGAGCCCUUCCUGCUCAAGGCAAAGGCCAAAAGGAGCCUGGAGGAGUUGGUCAGCGCUGCGGGGCAGGAUUGCGCGGAAGUGGACGCCAUCCUGAGGGAGAUUUCCGAGCGCUGCGAUGAAGCCCUGCAGAGCCGCGAUCACAAGCGGCCCCGACUGCAGCCAGAGCCCGCCAACAUGGACACCAGGCCCGGGAACCUGCACGGCACCUUCCAGGGGCUGCACACCGACUGCAGCACGAGAGCGUUGAACCUGAGUCACAGUGAGCUGGAGGAGGGCGGCUCCUUCAGCACCCCCAUCCGCAGCCACAGCACCAUCCGAACCCUCGCCUUCCCCCAGGGCAAUGCCUUCACCAUCAGAACAGCCAAUGGGGGUUACAAGUUCCGCUGGGUCCCCAGUUGAGCUGUGAUGUGGUCCCCCAAAACACUGCCCUGUAUUUCCACUGAAGUGCCUGGAGGCUUCCCAGAACUUUCCCUGCAGAGUGAAUGCCACCCUGAAACAUUUUUUUCGGAACAUAAGCGUCUUGAUACCGAUGUCUGCUAAAUGUAAAUGUCUGCUACAAAACAUUGUAUAGCCCUUCCCCUUGUCACAGUGAAACUCUGUAUAUAUGUGUAUGUCACAUACGUCACAGCCAAUUUUAAAAGUAUUUAUUUUUAGCAGCUUUGAAUUAUGUAUUUUUAGAGCAGGGAGGGAUUUAGAAACCAUAGCUACUUUUAUAAUUAUAUAAUGCCCUAAUAUUAUAAGAAGGAAAAGAAGGCUCUAACAGGUUAAGUAAUUUCCUGCAAUGGGAAACACUGGAACCUUUCAAUCACUUUCACUAGUCAUUUAAGGACUCUAGGCCCAGAAGCCUGGUUUCUGGGUGAAUGUUUUUAUACAUCACUCAACUUCCCUCAGUCCUGAAAGGACACCUAAUUUUGUUACUAUUGAAAACUUUUAUUUUGGUGGCCAGAAUACGAAAUCGGGAGAGGUAACCUAAACAGUUGUCUUAGGAAAAGGCAGAUUCUGAGAGGCAAUGGAUUAUCAACAAAAUAGGUGCUAAGCACAUUUGUUUAUAAUGAUCAUUCAUAUAAUUUAGAAGAUUUAUGGUAAAGGUUUACAUUAAUUAUCCAUACAGUUCUAGUUGUGCAAAUAGAAUAACCACCUAAAAAGCAAACAGUGUUAAUGAGAAAUAUACAUUGUUUUAAGAAA